GAGAGGACUCCAGUUCUGUGUUUCGGUCCAAAAGGGUCUUCCCCAGCUCAGCAGCCAGUUGAAGAUCUACGACAAAUUGGAAGAAGAAAAAUAUUACGGCGGAAAAAUGAAGACUUUUUUAGGACUUCACCCUAAUGCUCUUGCCUACUCAAUGACCACAUUAGGCGCUGGAAUGAUGAACAGCAUCUUCAAUUUCUAUUAUGUGAAACUCUUUUUAAACAAGUACAAGAUCUCAGAAGCGGCAUUCCAUCAAGGGCAGGUUGUUUUCAUGAUCUGGAAUGCCAUCAACGACCCUCUUUUCGGGUACCUUCAGGACAACUCUCAGGUGCCCUGCUGCUCCCGCCGUCAGUUUUCGAUCCUGUACGGCGCCCCCUUGUACGCUCUGGCUUUCCUCCUCCCGUGGUUCCCUUGGAAACAGUACGGGGAAGACGACUGGCUCUGCGGGCUGCAUCUGAUUGUGGCCUUGUGCGCCUUUGACGGGCUGCUCACCUUCGUCUUGCUGGCGCAAUGCGCCCUUUUCGCCGAAAUCUCCACCCGGCACGAGAGUCGCCUCCAGCUGAUUAAGUACAACCAGGUGGCCAGCUUGAUUGGCUCGACCAGCAUCCUGUUCUGCGGUUUGAUCUCGGACAACAUGGAACGCUUCGCCUACUUCCAGGCCUUCGUGGUGCUUGUAGCGGUCAUCGCAACGGCGUGCAUGUCCUACACUGGCUUCUACAGCACAACUCAGUACGAGCAACGGGAACUGUUGAUGGAAGGGUCUGAUUCAGAAAAGGGCCCCUCCCUCUCUUGGUCUUCGGUAUUCUCGUUGACCCGCCAGAUCUUGACUCAGAAAAACUUCCUGCUUUUUGUCGUCAUGAACUUUUUCCAAGUCUUCCACUUAGCCUUCUGCAACAAUUUCAUGAUGAUCUUUGCAGAUAAUCUCAUCCCGAACGGAGUCCUUUCCUCCUCGGUCAGAAGUUUUAUGUAUGGGGCAGGUUUCAUUUGUCCUCAGUGUCUUGUGCUUCUCAGUCACACGUUGUUAGUGAAAUUUGGUUAUUACAAGAUUGUCUUAUUUUCUUUCUACCUGGAAGGAACAGCUGCAAUUCUUAUGCUCGCUCUGGGUCGAGAAUAUUACUAUUUCCUGGCUAUUUAUCUCACUGUCAACAUGGUGAUGGUUCAAGCCUCCUUCAGUCUGUUUAAUCUACCAUUGGCCGAUAUCGUGGAUGCCGAUUUAAAGAAACAUAAACGAAAAUCUCCACUCUCGUCGAUGGUCUUUGGAACCAACGCUCUCUUCACGAAACCAGCUCAGUCCUUAGCGCCUAUGCUUGUGGUUUCCGUACUAAAUCAAUUUGGCUACGCAGAUCUGAAUAGUAAAGCCGUCAAUCCUGACUCCAGUCUCUACUUAGGUCUCCACGAUGCUAUGUUCUACAUGAUUUGCCUAGUGCCUCUCUGCAUUGCGGCGAUACAGAUCCUUACCUGGACUCCUUUUUCCAUCCAGAAUACUCACCUGACGCCAAUACUAUGAACUGUGUCAAGGUGAGCAUUGCUGAACGGUGUUCAAUUUGACAGGUGUCAAUGGCUUUUCCUGGAUUUUCCUAACUCUCUGAACGAGCCAAUCAAAUGCAGCCUGUGCCAUUUCGUGAUCCUCUGCAGUUUUAAAUCUUAUCAUUCUUUGUUAUGAAGUAGGAAUCUUUUUUUCUAAGUUCCAUUGAUAUACCAAGUCAAUGGAGACCAAUUAAACCUUGCAAGUAAAUUGGGUGCACUCUCUUUUAAGUUUCUGUCUCACCUUAACAACACGCAAGGGAUAAAUAAAAUGCCUACGUACCACCUAUUAAGACCAAAAAAAGGGGGAGAUGAUAAAUGAACUCAGGAUGGGACAUCUGAACACCAUACCACCAUGAAUGGUUUUUGGAAGGUUGAAGGAAAUACGGAGGGCUGCAUAACCAGGAAACCAAGUGUGGCAAUAUCCUAGAAGCUUUUGCUUUCUAUAGAGGCCAUCAAUACUGGUUAUAUUUGUUAGAAAGAGCAGUGGUGAUUUGGCAUACCACAGUGUAGUUUGUCAGUGGUGGCCAAGGGGAAACUAGCAGUCUAUGGUGGAAUAAUCGAAGUGAAGGACAGAAAUUUUUGUAGGAACCUGAUGAAAAGGCUUGAGAGCAGGAGAAAAGCUGUUUUCUUGGAAUUUUUUCUCAAGCUGUGAAGCUUAAUGUUGAGUUUCUAGGGUGAUAGGAAAAAUAUAUAUUAGGAAUAUAGGCCUUGAAUGUCUUUUAAGUGCCACUUAUAUAUCAUCCGAUGUCUGCAUUUUGUUUUUCUGCCUUAUUAAUUUGGGAUUAAUUUGGGAUUUCUUUCUAUAAAAGUCUUCCAUUUUUACUGUUUUCAAUAGUAUUUGUAAUGAAUGAAAAACAAAUGUUACUUGACAGGGUGAAGUCUGAAUUACAACCAAAAUAAAUCGUACUAACCUUUGCCCAGUG